AUGAGAAUUAUCGUUGUCGGUGCAGGCAUAGGCGGCCUCUCCGCCGCGCUCGCGCUCUCCAUCAGUGGUCAUCGCGUAACGAUACUCGAAUCCGCUCCUCAGCUCGCGGAAAUCGGCGCCGGCGUCCAACUCACACCUGACGCCAUUAAAUUCUUCUUUCAAUGGGGCUUACGGGACGAUAUUCUCUCCAAAGCCGCCUUGCCUGGGAGCUUUUUCAUUCACGAGUCCAAAACAGGCAGGGUUCUGCGGGAGAUCAAGAUUUCCGAGCUAGAGGGUGAAUAUGGAGCCCCGUAUGUCGUUGUGCACAGGGGCGUGUUGCAUGAGAUUUUGCACAGGCAUGGCGUGAAGGCUGGGGCGGAAGUGAGGGUGAAUUCGAGGGUUGUGGAAUAUGAGUUCGAAAAUGGCGCCGUGGUGUUGAAAGAUGGUGAGCGAGUGUGUGCUGACUUGGUGGUUUGCUGUGAUGGAAUCAACUCAUUCGGUCGACAACAAUUCCUCAAAGACCAAGAUAAAGGGGCUCAAAAGACUGGAUGGGCUGCGUACAGAAUGAUGGUCGACGUCUCCAAAAUCCAGGAAAAUCCCGAGACUUCCGAGCUCGUGGCCCAGCAUAAUAAUCAUCUAUGGAUAGGCGAACGCUGCUCGGCCAUGAUCUACAUGAUCCACAAUGCCACCGUGUUGAACAUGGUCAUGUCACACCCUGACGACGUUGAUACCACUCACUGGUCGUCCGAGCGGUAUAUGGAGGAAAUUAAAUCCCUAUUCCAGGGCUGGGAUAAGAGGGACAAUAGAUUAACAAACCUGAUCGAGAUGGCGAGACCAACCGUUCAAAACUGGCCUAUAUAUCAGGUACCCCCUCUCCCUAAGUGGAUCUCAGAAUCCGGAAAAUUCGUCAUAAUGGGAGACGCUGCGCAUGCUAUGGCAUUUUAUUUAUCUAUGGCCCUAUCUAUCUUCGAAUCUGUCCGGAAGCCACGCGCCGAAGCCGUGCAACGGGCCAGUCUCCUCGCGGGGAACAUCCUGCAUUUACCGCCAGGUCAAGCACAGGUGAUUCGUGAUGCAACGAUGCAAGCUGACGGCGCCGUCCACAAAGGGGAUGAAAAGUAUGUGUAUGGAAUUGCAGAUCGAGCAACGAGGGAUUCGUGCUAUGGAUAUGAUGCAGCAAAAGAGGUGAGAAAGGAGUGGGAGAGUGUAAGUAAGACCUCAGCGAACUAG